UCUACAAGAGCCAUCGCGUCCGAUCGAAGGUAGAGUAAGGCAAGAGGUAUUCACGGCCAAGUCCGUUACCUAUCUUCUUAUUGCUUCCUCUUCUUACGCUCCAGCGCCCACUCCGUCAACAUGCGGACCGCCCCCUCCCUCGCGGCGCUCGCCUUCGCGCUGCUGCAAGGCGCAGAUGCCUUCAACGCCGCCAAAUCCCGCGACUUUAAUCUGCUCGCGGAUAUGGGUCUCAACGCCGACGGCUCGGCAAUCGAGACAGCAACUGCGGAUAACAUCGCGAGGAGCCUUCGCAUUGGCACCACUGUGAAGGACUCCGUCGACAUCGAGUCCAGACAGGCCGCAGAGACCAUCACCGCGGAGUACGUGACUUUGAAGCUGGACCACUUUGGUAAGAGCAAGGAUACAUUCAACAAUAGGUUCUGGGUUGCAGAGUCUGGGUAUAAGGCCGGUGGUCCGGUUUUCAUCUACGAUGUUGGUGAGACGGAUGCUUCGGGGAGCUGGCAAUUUAGGCUGCAGAACGAGACGAGUUUCUUCAAGCAGAUUGUGGACCAGUUUGGUGGUGUGGGAAUUGCUUGGGAGCACCGAUUUUACGGCAACUCAACACCCGCACCUAUCAACCUCGACACUCCGGCUGAGACCUUCAAGUACCUCACCACUGAGCAGUCGCUUGCCGAUGUGGACCAGUUCGCCAAGCAGUUUAAAAGGAAGAACAUUAAUGCCACUCUAACCCCCGAUAAGACACCCUGGAUCUUUAUUGGUGGCUCAUAUCCGGCUAUGCGCGCCGCUUUUAUCCGGGACAAGUACCCCGAUACUAUCUACGCCGGCUACGCGUCGUCUGCCCCAGUCCAAGCCAGUGUUGACCAGUCGUUCUACUUCGAGCCCAUCUACCGCGGUAUGAACAAGUAUGGCUUCGGGAACUGCACUCAAGAUAUCAAGGCCGCAGUCAAGUACAUCGACAACAUUCUCGACACCGACCGUUCUGCAGCUGCCAAGCUCAAAGAGCAGUUCCUCGGGAAAGGCGCGGCCUCAAACUCCCACGCUACCUUUGCUGAUGCUCUCACCACUAUCCAUUACCUCUGGCAAUCAUACGGCGUGGAUGGUGGCUCUGGCGGUCUUCGCGCAUUCUGCGACUACAUCGAGACCGACCCCAAGACUAACACAACUGCUCCCGCCGAGGGAUGGGCCAAGUCCAAGGGCGCCAAAUCUGUGGUCGACCGCUGGGCUUCCUGGAAGACCUUCGCGCCCCUCGUCAACAGCUAUAUGGAGACCGAAUGUUCCGGCAAGCAGAACGUGACCGGCACCUGUGACCUUAACAAGCGCUUCAGCGGGCCCUCCUCCAUCAGCUGGACCUGGCAAUACUGCACGCAAUGGGGCUACUUCCAGUCCGCAAACCUCGGCCCCAACCAGAUCGUCUCCAAGUACAACUCUCUCCAGCACCAGCACGACAUCUGCCACCGUCAAUUUCCCGACGCACCGCGCAGCUUGCUGCCCGAAUGGCCCAACACCGAUCGCACCAACAAGGUCUUUGGCGGCUGGGACAUUCGUCCCAGUAACGUGUACUGGUCUGGUGGUGAGUUCGAUCCCUGGCGCACACUGAGCCCGCUCAGCACUGAGCCGUUCGCGCCCAAGGUUAAUGCAUUUACUGAGGCGCCAAAAUGUGGGGUUGAGACGAGCAAGAGGGAGCUAUUUGGUUACACCUUGCCCGAUGCACAGCACUGCUACGACUUCAGGACGUACUUUGCAGGCGGAGCCAUCAGCCGGAAGUACUUCAUUGAUGCGCUGGGGCAGUGGUUGAAGUGCUACAAGCCGAAGGGCGGGUAUGGUGGAGGCUACGGGGGUGGUUACAGUAAGAGGUGGACUGCGUAGGAUGCGGAUGCCAUUGCUAGGAUGAGGAGAGAUGGGGAGAUUGAAAAUUUUUAUGACUUCGACCUCUAGGUAUUGCUAGCGUUAUUCUUUGCACAUUUUUUUGGAGCGUUCCUGCUGGUUUGCGGGCCUUCUGACAUCAAGUGCGUGCUUGGUUUCACUUCGACUUGGCGUGCCCUGUUUGGUUUUAUCCUUUCUCGCACAUCUCUCCACCUCACCCCUCUUCCUCGUUUUCGCGCAGCCAGGGAGCUAACGCGGAACCGAUGUCAGACGCACACUCA